UAUUGUCACAGUCAAUGUCAAAUGACUGUCUGACUGACUGAUACAGCACAGACAUCUAGGUUAGAAAAAAAAUGCACUUUUGUUUCGUGCUGUAUUGUGUAAAAUUAUCUUAGAAAUACGUAUUUCAUUUCAAAAUAAUGUUGUUAUAGAUGAAAUUGGUACAAUUGUUUAGUAUACGUAGAUUUUCUGUAGUUUUUUCAGUGAAAAGGUUCAAAUCGUGCGUUUCCACUAUGAAAGUGUUUACGCAGAAGAGGAACCCGAUUACGGGGAGUACUGAGUGGGAUGUACAGGAUGAAAACUACGAUUUUCAUCAGGAAAUAGCGCGAGCUGGAUUUGCCGACAUGUUGCACGAUACUGAGAGAAAUAAGAAAUAUCAAAGAGCUCUGCAACUUGCUAUUGAAAAGAUGCACAGUAAUGGAAAGAAGGCUAAUGUUUUGGACAUAGGUACGGGAACUGGUUUAUUGUCAAUAAUGGCUGUUCGUUCUGGUGCGGACUCCGUAACUGCAUGUGAAGCUUUCAAACCCAUGGCGGAGUGUUGUGCCAAGAUCCUGGAGAUCAAUGGAGUUGCAGAUAAGAUUAAACUUAUACCGAAAAGGUCCACGGAUGUUACGGUUGGAGAAGACGGUGAUAUGAAAGAGAGAGCUAAUAUUUUGGUUACUGAGGUCUUUGAUACAGAGUUGAUUGGUGAAGGAGCAUUGUCAACAUUUGCACAUGCACACAAGUGUCUCUUAGAACCGGACUGUAUAGUGGUGCCUGACUCUGCAGUGAUCUAUGCUCAAGUUGUAGAGUGCCCAACUUUGUGGAAGUGGAAUAAAUUGAAUGAUCUCUCUGAUGCUGACCUGGAUAUUGUAUUGAGGACUCCUCAGAAGAUGAUUGACUGCCCUGGUUCUGCAGCAGUACAUGACUUACAACUAUCCCAGCUACCUCGUAACACAUUCCGUGAGCUCUCAGACCAGAUCCCAGUGUUCUACUAUGACUGGUCAGGGAGAACACCUAUUAUCAUGAAGAGGACUGUAAAGCAGGACUUCACCGUUAGCAGCACUGGAAAGGCGCAGGUUGUCUUUAUGUGGUGGGAACUUAAUAUGGAUACUGAAGGUAGGAUCUGCUUAAGCUGUGCGCCAUGGUGGACUCAUCCAGAUGCAGACUUGGCAUCCGAGCGGCCUCAAGACAGCGUUCCAUGGAGAGAUCACUGGAUGCAAGCUGUCUACUACUUACCACAAACCACUACACUAGAAAAAGAUAAAGAAGCCACAUUAAUUUCAUGCCAAGACGAAUAUUCACUUUGGUUUUAUAUAGAGACCGAAGAACUUAAAAGGCAGAGUUACAAGCGACCAAACUGUGAGUGCGGAGUGCACAUGGCCUUGUCAAGGACCCAUGUAUCCUAUCUAAACGAUGGUAGACGAAGCAAGAAGUUUCUAGAACAAUUAAAGGAAGAGAUUAAUAAUGAAUCUGUGGUUCUGGACUUCAAUGGAAGCAGUCUCAUGGGUUUGGCCGCAGCCAAAUUAGGUGCUAAAGCCGUUUACAUACAAGAAAGCUUGAACUUAAACCUUGGGAUUCUACAAGACUAUGUGAGCACGAAUAAGCUGGAGAAUGUACAUUUUAUAACUGAAUUAUCUGAUGAAGUUUUAAGUCAAGUUACGAAUGUGGUUACGGACCCUAAUUUUCCCAGUGCGAUACUGCCUUGGGAGAAUUUGAAGGUAGCAUACCUUUUGUAUCAGUAUAGAAGUAGAUUGAAUAACUGUGUCUCUGCCAUACCCAGCAGUUGUGAGAUUUGGGCUAUGCCCGUAGAAUUCCAAGAUUUACACAAGAUUGCGAUACCAUUGGGAAGAUGUGAAGGAAUUGAUAUGGCUGUGUUUGACAAACUUGUUGAGAAUUCCAGCAAUAUAAGCGACGCAGAUAUCGAAGCGCAACCGUUAUGGGAGUACCCCUGCAAGUGCCGCGGGGAGCCGGUUCAACUACUGUCCAUUGACUUCGCCAAUCUGAAGCCUGCUUAUGCCAUGGAUGGUAUCUGUGAAGUCGGGUAAGGAAUAUUAGGUAUACUAUUUAGGUAUAGUGAAUUUGU